AUGCCGGCCCCCGACAACAUCUACGAGAACGAUGUGGAUUUCACCACGCUGGCACUUCAAUAUCCCGACUUCGCGAAAAGGCUAAAACCCAACCGCCAGCUCGACUUCUCCGACCCAGAAAGCGUCAGACAAUUGACUAAAUGCCUCCUUCAUCGAGACUUCGAUCUCACCGUCGGCCUGCCCGAGGAUAGGUUGUGUCCGCCUGUCCCGAACCGGUUCAACUACAUUCUCUUCAUCCAGCGUCUGCUGGACAGCACCUCUCCAUCGUUCCACCAAGGUUUCGAUCCCGACAGGCAGGUGAUUGGACUCGAUAUUGGCACAGGCGCAUCUGCAAUCUACCCGCUCCUUGCUUGCCGGCAACGGCCUCAAUGGCGCUUCCUGGCGACAGAGAUCGACGAAAAGAACCGCGAGUACGCGCAGAGAAAUAUCCUCGCCAACAAGUUGCAGUCAAGAAUUAAAUUGAUCGAUACGGACGACAAAGGAGACCGGCUGAUCCCUACGGAACAGCUUGAGAGAUUUGAUCGGAUCGACAUCCUCAUCACCAACCCACCAUUCUACUCCUCUCCACAAUCCCUGCUCGAGUCCGCGCGACAAAAAUCCCGCCCUCCAAACUCCAGCUGCACGGGCGCCGCGGUGGAAAUGAUCACGCCCGGCGGCGAAGUCGGCUUCGUGUCGAAACUCGUCGCCGAAUCACGCCUGCCCGUGAACAGGUCAAAAAUCCAAUGGUUCAGCGCCAUGCUGGGCAAGCUGUCGAGCGUGGGGCUUGUCGUGGAGCGACUCAGGGAGAGCAGGUGUAAUAACUAUGCGGUGGCAGAGUUCGUCCAGGGCCAGAGGACGCGGCGGUGGUGCGUCGCUUGGAGCUGGAUGGGGUUGAGACCGGCCAACGACGUGGCGCGGUCGCUGGGGAGUGGGAGCGGUGUCGAGAAAAAGGUGUUGCCUGCGAUUACGGAGGUGGAGUUUGACCUCCAGAACCUCAUGGCCGAUGAGUUGCGUGGCCCCCGAGGCGGAAGAGAUGGCGUGCAGCAGAACGUGCUACUAGAUCGGAUCGGCGCGGAGAUCCAGUCCCUGACCGGCGACGGCGUGCGAUGGAAGGUCGAGCGCACGGGGAGUGUCGGGAUGUUCAUGUCUAGGGACGGAGACGUGUGGAGUCGGAAUGCGAGGAGGAAGAAAAAGAACACCGAGCGUGAACGUGGUGGCCCUGACCAUGAUCUCGAAUCCCACACGAACCGGAACCGCGUCGCGGACGACAAGGCAAGGCGAAAUAAACCACCUGCAGAUGCAGACACGGAUAUGAAGGAUGACGACGACUCCGACUCCGACUCGUCAGAGGAAGAAUCUGAACCGGCCCUCGUCGCCCGCAUCUCCGUUACGCCCUCGCCCUCUUCCUCUCCCUCUCCCUCGCAUUCUCGUCCUGAUCCUGCGACCGACACCCCGGCGACCAUGCGGAUCCACAUGCGCCAUCUCCAGGGCCACGACACGGUUCUCUUUGAGAGUUUCUGCGGCUGGCUCAGGAGGAAGAUUGUGGCGUCGCCGUCGUCUUCAUCGUGA